AUAUUAUUGGUGGUUUAUUUGAAUCUAUUUGCAGAAUUUUAAUGAAACUUUACAUUUGCUAUUUUUGUGUAUUAAAAUUAUAAAAUUGAAGAUACAUGAGAUAUACGUCCCGUGUCUCGGGGCUUACGUCUUGCUCCGUGCGGCAUAAAACGUCUCGACUCGUUUCGCGCCCGCGCCUCUUAAAACAGUGGUUCCUAAGAAUGCUUUCAACCGAUGAAUUAAAUAUUGCAACAACCUGUGCUGUCAUUUGCUUUCUUACAACAUGUGCCCAUCAUUACAAACUUGUACCAGUGUGUGUGUGUGAUGUGACUAAUUGGUCCUAGUAAUUAAUCCAGCAGAGAAAAUAACAAAAAUGGUCCAUUAUGUCUUGGGGUAGGUUUAAAAUAGUCCGUUAAAUAUACUUCUGAAUAGCUUUGGUCCUUUAUGUUUGCCAAAGGUGAACACUUUUGGUCCCCAUCAAAAUAUUUAACAAAUUCUGGCUAUUAGAUUUAAGCGGAAUGGUAAAAGAGGGAUUUAACAGGAACUUACAUUUGGAGGUGCAGUUUUUACAGUUUCUCCUGUUUUUUUGUCUAGUGUCUUAAUGUCUGAUUGACUGGAAAAUAAAGCCAAUAAAGGACACCAAGUUAAUAUCAGCCUCAAGUUUUAUUUCACCACACCUCUGUCCUUGAUCCCUUAUAAGUAUACUUUUAACUAGAUAUCCAAAGACACUUGAAAAUGGCAGAGGCUGCUACAUCCAAAGCAAUAUCAAAAAUCACAGAACAAGCAAUAUUCUUAUAUGGAGUGGACGAACAAGUAAGAGCACUAGUAACGGAGCUGGGACGGAUGCGAUCUUUCUUGAAGGAUGUUGAUUCAAGAAAACAAACAGAACAGAGAGUCAAAAACUGGGCUGAAGAAAUCAGGGACCUUGCAGAAGAUGCUGAGGGCGUAGUUGAGAAAUUUUCUGCUGAGGUAAAACAGAGACAAGGGGAAGAUACUGCUUAUUGUUUUUGUACAAUGUUAGCAAAUGUAGUGAAAGAAGUUAUAGUCAGGUACAAAAUUGGCUGGGACAUAGGGAAAAUCAACAAGAGGAUCAAGAACCUCACAACUAGUUUGACAACCUAUGGUAUAAGUCAUGGUAUAAAUGGAGGAGAAACAUCUUUUAGAGAAGUGAUAUUACUAAGUGGAGCUAUUGGUGUUGAGAGAUGGGGAGGUUCUGGAGGAGGGCAUUGGAGUUAUAGGCCUAAAGGGUUAGUAAAACAGAUAGUUGUCAAGCAUGGAUCGUUUAUAGAUUCUAUAAUGUUUAAGAGCAUUCAAGAAAAUGGUGUCAUGGAGUCUUCUCAAACAUUUGGCGGUUCUGGAGGUCAUUGCAUGACUGAGGUGACAUUGUCUUCUUUUAGUCUAUGUUGCUUACUCUUUAAAAGUGUUGCUGGGUGCGUGUUGGAUCCUUCAGAAGUUGUGCAUAUAUUUUUUGAGGAUCCGACACGGGUGCAACAUCAUUUCAAAAGUGCCGCUAGGUGCAUGUUGGAUCCUUCAAAAGUAGCACAUUUUUGGGGGAUCCGACACGGAUCAAUAUAGACUGUCCUUCGGAGCAUUUGACAGGCAUAAGUGGGACAUUUGGAUUCUAUGGUCCCUACCUUAUCGUAAAAUCCAUCAAGUUUCACACUAACCUUAGCCAUCAUGGCCCUAUGGGUUUAGUAAAUGAGACUGAUACCAACUUCUCAUUUAUCAUGCAAGGUGGGGUGGUUGUUGGAUUCCACGGAUCUUCAGGGUUAUUUCUUGAUGCCAUUGGUCUGUAUGUAGUGCCGGCACGCAUCAGUUUACUUUCUCAGUGAGCGCACUGUCUCAUCAAUAUGUAUCUGAGAGCUAGCAUGUCCGUAAAUUUACAAGUCAUCAAUAUGUAGUUGAGCUAGCAUAUGAUGUACAUAUGUUUAUGAGCUAGCAUGUUCCUAAAAUUAUUUGUCAUAUCGAUCGGUAAGAAGGAAACUGACUUGGUUGUCAGACGAUCAAUAAUCACCCGAACAACGUUUAAUGUUGCUUUAUCAGUAUAUGUCCGAGCUAUAGCUUGUUUGUAAGGUUAUAACUCAUAUUGAUUAUUGAGAAGGGAGAGGUGACUUGGUCAACCAAUCAAUAAUCAUCGAAAUAUUCUUGGGAAGUUGGAACCUCCAUUUAUGGAACAAUUUUUCCUUUCCUACAA